AUCCUCUGCUGUCCUACGUCUAUAGAAAUACUCUGAAUAAGCUAUUCUUCGAAACAACCAUUAUCCUACCUGCGAGAAGACCAUGCGAGGCUGUCGUUAGCUGCGUUCUGUGUUUAUUUAUUUAUUUAUUUAUUUAUUGUAAAGCAAACAGCCAUUGGUAGGGUGUGAUAGGCUAUUCAUAGCUUAUGCAUCACUGCUCUGUCGGCGGGUGAGUUGGUGUAGUCUGCGGAUCAGAUUGCUUCUGUUUGAGUGUCUUUUUUUCUUCUGCUGCCGAGAAGCCAGCUAUUAGGAUUCAUCAUGCAGAAAAGGAGGAAGCCAGAGCCGAUCCAGCUGAACCCAAUUCCAGAUGGGAACGCUAUAAACGGCACCGGGGCCACAGAAACAAAUCUGGAAGCUCUGCAGAAGAAGCUGGAGGAACUGGAGCUGGACGAGCAGCAGAAGAAACGCCUGGAAGCUUUCCUCACCCAAAAGCAGAAGGUCGGAGAGUUAAAAGACGAUGACUUCGAGAAGAUCAGCGAGUUGGGAGCAGGCAAUGGAGGAGUUGUGUUCAAGGUCUUACACAGACCAUCAGGCUUCAUCAUGGCCAGGAAGUUGAUCCACCUUGAGAUUAAGCCAGCAAUACGGAAUCAGAUCAUCAGAGAGCUGCAGGUACUGCACGAAUGUAACUCUCCCUACAUCGUGGGCUUCUACGGGGCUUUCUACAGCGACGGAGAGAUCAGCAUCUGUAUGGAAAACAUGGAUGGCGGCUCUCUGGACCAGUGCCUUAAGAAAGCAGGCAAGAUCCCAGAACAAAUACUGGGCAAAGUUAGCAUUGCGGUGAUAAAAGGUCUGUCGUACCUGCGGGAGAAACACAAGAUCAUGCACAGAGAUGUAAAGCCAUCAAACAUCUUGGUCAACUCGCGUGGUGAGAUCAAGUUGUGUGACUUUGGUGUGAGUGGACAACUCAUUGACUCCAUGGCCAAUUCUUUUGUGGGAACCAGGUCCUACAUGUCUCCCGAACGCCUUCAAGGCACUCACUACUCUGUCCAGUCUGACAUAUGGAGCAUGGGUCUCUCUCUGGUGGAGAUGGCUAUCGGACGCUUCCCGAUCCCACCACCUGAUGCCAAAGAGCUGGAACAAAUCUUCGGUCAGCCCCUGGAGGGAGACCCAUCAGUCAGCGACACUUCUCCAAAACCCAGGCCCCCUGGUCGACCUGGCAGCUCCUAUGGUCCAGACAGCAGACCUCCCAUGGCUAUAUUUGAGCUUCUUGAUUAUAUUGUCAAUGAACCACCUCCAAAGCUCCCGAGUAUCUUUGGUGCAGAAUUUCAAGACUUUGUAAACAAGUGUUUAAUCAAAAAUCCAGCAGAAAGAGCAGACCUCAAGCAGCUGAUGGUUCAUUCCUUUAUCAAGAAUUCAGAGGCUGAAGAGGUUGACUUUGCUGGAUGGUUAUGCAGCACCAUUGGACUGAACCAGCCAGCAACUCCGACUCACAGUGUGGCAAUGUGAAAGCAGCCAUAUUUUUCUAAGCCAACCCUUGGCGUUUCUUCACCCUCAAAAUCUUCAGUUCCACCCAGAGGUCAACAGCAAACUACUGCCUCCUGAAUCCACGGUCUUAUUUUAGGUGUUGUCUUUGAGUAUUAACGAACACACUGCUGUAAUUAACAAAACAUCACAUCUCAGUGUAACAUAUCGGUUGGUUAAUGCUGGGAUGGCAUCUGUGAGAAUGACGAAUACCUAUUUUUUCUUACACCAAAAUAUUAAAUUGCAAAAGCUAUCAAAAGGCUGACGUUACACUGCGCUAAUGCAAAGGACCUCUCUUCUAAAUGUCAACUUGAUAUUGUUAUACUUUUAAACUGAAUUUAAUAUUUAUGAUUGAUGUCUUAGACCCCAGAGAUGCUUUCGUGGUUUCAUUGCAAUGUUUUGUGUUCUGCUUUAUUUCAGUAUGGUGAAUUUGCAGCCUUUAAUUCAAAGAGAGAGACAAAUCAAGUCAUUUAACUUAUACAAAUGCAUAUAAUAUGAUAGGAUUUAUUUAACAGAUGGCAGCCAAUGGAAUGUGGCAAUGCUUAAAUGGUAUGCAGGGAAUUAAAAUGGACAGAUUUUAUUAAUUUU